CGUCGAAAAUACAUUUUUUUCCUCUAAAAUUUUUUGCGUUCGCUGCAAUCACCGGACACCGCUUCUCUCGCCUCUCUCCGAUUGGAAAAUGGCUCCAAAAAAGAAGCCACAGAAGCAGGGCAAGCAAAAACCAGCUUCAACUUCCGCUUCUUCAUCAAAGAACAAUAAACAGCCGUCGUCUGGUUCAAGGCUCCAGCUAUCGGCCGAGAACGAGAACCGGCUGCGCCGCCUAUUACUCAACUCGAACCGCCCCGCCCAACCACAGCCGGAACCUGUCCCUGCACAGGAUUCGCUCUCCAAGGCUCAGAAGGCUAAGAAGCUUAAAGCAGUUUACGAAAAGCUCUCUUGCGAAGGAUUUUCUAAUGAUCAGAUUGAACUCGCUCUUUCCUCACUCAAGGAUGCUGCUACUUUUGAGGCUGCACUUGAUUGGUUAUGCUUGAACUUGCCUAGGAAUGAGCUUCCUCUGAAAUUUUCUAGUGGGACUUCUCUGCAUUAUGAUGGAGGAGGUUCUGUUAGUGUUAUAUCAGUUGCACGGGAUGACUGGACUCCUACUGUGGACCCAUCUACUAGGAUUAAGGGAAACUUAGAGGAACUUUCUCUUAGAAUCAAGGAGCGGUCAGAUGAAGACACUCUCAAUCGAUGCCAACCAUCACAAGCAGAUUGGAUCCGCCAAUAUAUGGAGCAGGAAGAAGAGAAUGAACCUGAAUCCUGGGAAGAUGAAGUAGUUAGUGAGUGUUCCUCCAAAGAGAGGUCUUAUGAUGUUAUUUUCCGAGAGUAUCACGCAGCUCGAUUAGAAGCUGCAAAAGCUAAGGAAAAGGGGGAUAAAAAUAAUCAGGAGAAUGCAGGCAAUAUUAUCCGCAAACUCAAGCAAGAGCUCUCUGCUUUAGGAUUAUCAGAUGAGAGUUUUGCAUCUGAUUUUUGGCAUGCAUGUAUUUCUGAGGACAAUGUGGCUUAUGAGCACCCCAAGGCAACAACAUCAGGUGAUGAAGGUCGUUCAGCCCUUCUACAUUCAGAUGAAGUAACUGAUGGUGGGAUUGAUAUGGAGUGCUGCAUUUCCAAAGAAUUUCUGGACACAUCUAUUUCUUCUGCUGCAUCUGUUCAGGAAAAACUUGUCUUAGAAGAGGCAUCAGAAGAUGUGGAGCUUGGUGAUUUCUUCUUAGAAGAUGCCUCAUCUGCUGAUGCUUUACCUCCUGAAAUAUUGGAGUUACAGAAGAAAGAAUGGAUGAGAGAUUUAUCCAGUGAGAAAAAUUUAGAGAAAUUAGAUGGAAUCUGGAAGAAGGGGGACCCAAAAAAGAUCCCUAAAGCUGUUCUUCAUCAAUUAUGCCAAAGAUCAGGGUGGGAAGCACCAAAAUUUGAUAAAGUGCUUGAAAAAGGAAAACAUUUCUCUUAUACUGUUAGUGUGUUGCGUAAAGCUAGUGGGAGGGGGAAGAGCAGAAAAGCUGGGGGUCUGAUCACCCUUCAGCUUCCAGACAAGAAUGAAACUUUUGAAUCUGCUGAGGAUGCACAGAACAGAGUUGCGGCUUUUGCUCUUUGUCACCUGUUUCCUGAUCUGCCGGUUCACUUAAUAAUUACAGAGCCUUAUGCUGCUCUUGUUAUGAAAUGGAAAGAAGAUGAAUCAUCAAGCAAUAUAGAAACUUGUGAGGAAGAAAGAAGAGCUGGGUUUGUGGAUUGGCUACUGGGUGCAGAUGGUUCAAAUCCAGAGCUUCUUAAUGAUGUUACCAAUAGUUCUCCUUCAGAAGUGUUUCAAGAUUCCCCUGUUGAAGAAAGUAAAAAUUCAAGUUUUGCUGGCACUGAUCCAAUAGCUGAAAGAGUAAGCUAUGCUAAAGAAGAGGAGAAUGUAUAUUUGAGGCAGGAACAAGAGACCAAGAAGAGAACACAUAAAUACAAGGAGAUGUUGAAAACUAGAUCUGCUCUUCCUAUUGCUGGCAUGAAAGAUGACAUUUUGCAGUUGCUAAAGGAUAAUAAUGUUCUUGUUGUUUGUGGAGAAACAGGUUCUGGAAAGACCACCCAGGUUCCUCAAUUCAUAUUGGAUGAUAUGAUUGAAUCAGGAUGUGGUGGACACUGUAACAUCAUAUGCACCCAACCAAGGCGAAUAGCAGCAAUUUCUGUUGCUGAGAGAGUUGCUGAUGAGCGAUGUGAACCUUCUCCAGGGUCAGCUGGUUCUCUGGUUGGUUAUCAAGUUCGCCUUGAUAGUGCAAGGAAUGAGAAAACAAAACUUCUCUUUUGUACAACGGGCAUUCUUCUGAGAAAGCUUGCGGGGGAUAAAAUCUUGAGUGGUGUCACUCAUAUCAUAGUUGAUGAAGUGCAUGAACGGUCACUUUUGGGUGAUUUUCUACUAAUUGUUCUGAAGAACCUGAUUGAGAUGCAAUCUGCUCAUGGCAAUCCUAAACUGAAAGUUAUUCUUAUGUCUGCAACAGUUGAUUCUGAUUUAUUUUCAAGAUACUUUGGACAUUGCCCAGUGAUUGCUGCAGAAGGUCGAACACAUCCUGUGACAACAUACUUUCUUGAGGAUAUAUAUGAAAGUAUCAACUACUGCCUUGCAUCAGAUUCUGCAGCUUCUCUAAGAAAUGAAGCAUCUACAAAAGCGAUGCAGCAGAGUGGUUCAGUUAACAACCGUAGAGGAAAGAAGAAUCUUGUCUUGUCUGCAUGGGGUGAUGAUUCCCUUCUUUCAGAGGAUUAUAUUAACCCAUAUUAUGUUGCAACCAGUUAUCAGUCAUACAGUGAGCAAACACAGCAAAAUCUUAAAAGAUUGAAUGAGGAUGUCAUUGAUUAUGAUCUGCUUGAGGACUUGGUUUAUCAUGUAGAUGAGACUUGUGGGGAGGGUGCCAUACUCAUCUUUUUGCCAGGGGUUUCAGAAAUUUACAUGUUACUUGAUAGGUUAGCUGCUUCUUAUCGCUUUGGUGGGCCAUCUUCUGAUUGGCUUCUGCCUUUACAUUCAUCUAUUGCAUCAACUGAUCAGAAAAAGGUUUUUUUACGUCCUCCUGACAACAUACGUAAGAUUAUUAUAGCUACAAAUAUUGCAGAGACCAGCAUAACAAUUGAUGAUGUGGUUUAUGUGAUUGACUGUGGAAAGCACAAGGAAAAUCGAUAUAAUCCACAAAAGAAACUAUCAAGUAUGGUUGAAGAUUGGAUAUCUAAAGCAAAUGCAAAACAACGGCGAGGAAGAGCUGGACGUGUUAAACCUGGAAUAUGCUUUUCCUUGUAUACACGUUAUAGAUUUGAAAAGCUCAUGCGUCCUUAUCAGGUUCCUGAAAUGCUUCGCAUGCCUUUGGUAGAACUGUGUUUACAAAUUAAGUUACUUAAUCUGGGUCACGUAAAGCUGUUUUUAUCCAAGGUUGGUGCUAUUGAGGGAAAUGAAGAGUUGACGCCACUUGGACAUCAUUUGGCAAAGCUUCCUGUUGAUGUAUUGAUUGGAAAGAUGCUGCUGUAUGGUGGGAUAUUUGGUUGCUUAUCUCCUAUACUCUCCAUAUCAGCGUUUUUGAGCUAUAAAUCUCCAUUUGUAUAUCCAAAAGAUGAGAGGCAAAAUGUUGAAAGAGCUAAAUUGGCCCUGUUGUCUGACAACCCAGAGGGCUCAAUUGAUUCCAAUGACAGUGACAGGCAGUCUGAUCACCUUCUAAUGAUGGUUACAUACAGGAAAUGGGAGAGGAUUUUGCGAGAGAAAGGGGUCAAUGCUGCCCAGCAGUUCUGCAAUUCUUAUUUUUUAAGUAGUUCAGUUAUGCACAUGAUAAGAGACAUGAGAAUACAGUUUGGGACAUUGCUAGCAGAUAUCGGAUUCAUCAAUCUUCCAGCAGAUCAUCAGGUUAAGGGAAAAAAGAAAGAGAAUCUUGAUGGUUGGUUUUCUGAUAACUCAAAACCAUUCAACUUUUAUUCAAAUCAUUCAGCAGUUGUGAAGGCAAUACUAUGUGCGGGUUUGUAUCCUAAUGUGGCUGCCACAGAGCAAGGCAUUGCGGGAGCAGCUCUCGGAAGAGUUAAACUAACCAAUAUUUCUGAAUCAAAGAGUUAUCCGGUUUGGUAUGAUGGAAGACGAGAGGUUCACAUACACCCUUCUUCAAUCAACAGUAGCUUAAAAGCAUUUCAGCACUCAUUCCUUGUCUUCCUUGAAAAGGUUGAAACUAACAAGGUAUUUCUGCGGGAUACAACCAUUAUCUCACCCUUCUGUAUUCUGCUGUUUGGCGGCUCCAUCAAUAUCCAGCAUCAGACUGGAUUGGUCAUGAUAGAUCAAUGGUUAAAGCUGACAGCUCCAGCUCAGACUGCAGUCUUAUUUAAGGAACUCCGAUCAGCUCUUCAUUCUCUGCUGAAGGAUUUGAUUCGAAAGCCGGAGAAUGCGACAAUUGUCAAUAAUGAGGUCGUGAGGUCCAUAGUUGAUUUAUUGUUAGAGGAAGACAAACCGUCAAAAUGAUUAGUACCAAGGAACAAGUCACAGAUUUGCAAGCCAUUGUCUUGGAUGUAAGAGGCGUUCACCCUGAAUUUUGAAUCUUUUACACAAUUCUGUAUAUUUAUAUAUUCAUUAAUCUCUUACGUUUGCUUAGAGAUUCGUUUUAAGAAGCCAUAAAUAUGCAGUGGCAAAAGGUACCAUUUUGCCCCUGAACUUUUCGACUUUUAGGGUUUUUGCCCUCCAUAUUACAAUACAUGAAUUUUUACCCU